AUGUCGGACAACGAAGAAGCAGCAGCAGAAAACAAAGAAAUUCGAGUCUUCACAACGACAAAAGCGCUAAGCAUAGAGAAAUUCAGAAUUCCCGAAAAUCGAUUAGAGAUCGGAAGAGCAUGGGAAGAGUGGAUCGAAGAUUUUGAAGAAGAAACAUCGUAUUUAGAAAUUAACAAGGUCAAAGACAAGGUCAGCGCGUUGAAGAUUUACGGCGGACCAGAUAUCAAGAAACUCGCUCGGAAUUUGCCAGAACCAGCAGCGGAGGAAAACGACGAUGAAUACAAGAAACUUAAAAGAAAACUAGACAGCCAUUUCUUACCCAAAAAGAACAAACAUCACGCAAGGUACACGUUCAGCAAARAACGAAUGGAGGCCAACGAGAGCAUUGURAACUACGCGGCGAGAAUGAGAGAGAAAGCAAAGGAYUGCGAAUUUGGARMYCAAYUCRACSACCGAAUUCUAGAGCACCUCAUUCAAACUGUGAGAGACGAAGACCUCAUUAAGCAGUGYAUAAGAAAGAGAUGGGAUCUYGACAAAUUCAUCGACGAAGCAAGUCAGCGAGAAGACAUUACCCAGCAAGUCAAAGACAUGAAGGACGAACACCAAGUAGCGAAACUUUACCGGAAGCCAGAAAGAGAGAGACAACCGACCAAGGCUGAAGCAAAGAAAGACUGGAAACCUUGUUAUUAUUGUGGCAACGCGGGAACGCACAAACCAGGUCAAGCGUGUCCAGCAUACGGGAAGCAAUGCUUGAAGUGCGGGAAAUACAAUCACUUCGCGAGAUGUUGCAACAGCGCGAGAGAACAGCCAAGAAAACCAGAGAGCGGUAGAAACGACAAGCAAAGAAAUCCUCAACAGAGAGUGAAACAGACCGUCGAUUCGAACAGUGACUCGGACGACGACUAUUUAGAACAAACAGCAAGACACRUCACUCAUCAAGCUAAAAGCGUGAG